AGAGAGAGAGAGAGAGAGAGAGAGAGAGAGAGAGAGAGAGAGAGAGAGAGAGAGAUCCUCGAUCGGCGACAAUGGGUAUCUCGCGUGACUCCAUGCACAAGCGCCGCGCCACGGGAGGGAAGAAGAAGGCGUGGAGGAAGAAGAGAAAGUAUGAGUUGGGUCGCCAGCCUGCAAACACCAAGCUCUCGAGCAACAAGACCGUUAGGAGGGUUCGUGUUAGAGGAGGCAACGUGAAGUGGCGCGCUCUCCGUCUGGAUACUGGUAACUACUCGUGGGGGAGCGAGGCGGUGACCCGCAAGACCCGUAUCCUCGAUGUGGUCUACAAUGCCUCGAACAAUGAGCUUGUGAGGACGCAAACUCUGGUCAAGAGCGCUAUUAUUCAGGUUGAUGCUGCACCCUUCAAGCAGUGGUAUCUGCAGCAUUACGGUGUUGAGAUCGGAAGGAAGAAGAAGGCCCCUGCUGGUGCCAAGAAGGAAGGAACAGAGGAGGGCGAAGCUGCUGCAACGGAGGAAACAAAGAAGAGCAACCACGUCCUCCGGAAGCUGGAGAAGCGGCAGCAGGGCCGGACACUCGACCCCCACAUCGAGGAGCAAUUUGGUGGUGGGAGGUUGUUGGCCUGCAUCUCCUCUCGCCCUGGCCAGUGCGGCAGAGCUGAUGGAUAUAUACUCGAAGGAAAAGAGCUCGAAUUCUACAUGAAGAAGAUCCAGAGGAAGAAGGGCAAGGGUGCCGCAGCCUAAGCAUCGCCUAUCUCUCUCUCUCUUUCUCUCUUUUACAGUCGUUUGAUUCCGUUGAACCUACCCUUUCUUUUCCUGCCAUUUUAUUUCGGAUUUAGUGUUGGAACUUCGAACUCGGGAUGAUAUGAAUGCAGCUUUUAGAAAUUUUGAUAUGCAGUAGUAGCUGUUAGGCAUGAAAACAAUGCCUGUAACUUAAGUCGCCUACAAUCGAAAUCUAUAUUUUCCUGUUGCAUGGUUUUGGAUACUAUCUAUUCCACUUUGAAUGCA